GCUAUCAAAGCCAAUCGGGCUACUGGCCAGUACCCGUCACUGGCACAGAAGCACCUGAGUGGGGCUGAGUCCAUAAUCCUGGUGCGGUGGCUGGCUGGGAUAUGUUGGGCUGUGGCUUCUGUCACGAACAGCCAGCAUGAUUUGCUACGAGCUGGCGUCUUCGUUGGCCUGGACCAACUUCGAAAUACUUUUGCUGAUGCCGGGCCUGUGCUGAGUGCCCGUGAGCUGGAAGCUGCUGAAUUCUUCAAAGACUUGUAUCAUUGCUCUCUCCUGGGAGUCCCGUCAAACAUGUUCUGGGGAUGUUGCACUGUGGGCUCAUGUUAG